AUGAUUCGAUCUCAAGACAAUGUAUAUUUGGUACACAACUUAAUCGGCAAAGGUCGUUUUUCACGCGUUUACCAGGCCACGGACACGACUACGGAAGACAGGGUGGUGAUAAAAAAGCUGAACAAAAAAAUUAUCAACGAAAAUUACGUUGACUGGUAUUUAUAUCUGAAAGAGCUACAUCUAUUGACUAAAUUGAAAAGCAGUCCACUGCGAGUCCGAUUUGUCGAUCUGAGGGACGCGAUGCGAUUGGAUACGGGUGCAAUAUGUUUUGUCAUGGAAAGAUUGGGGACCACUUUGCACGCCGUGUUAUACAAUAUCGGUGGAAUGUCGAUCUCCAUGUGCCGUAUGAUUGUCAGGCAAAUAGCCCAAGGUACCCGUUAAGAUUUUAUCAAUAUUAUAUGGUUAUAUAUUAUACAUUAUUAUUAUAUUAUCAAGUAGGAUUUUUUUUUUUUUUUUAAUUAUUACUAUAAAUCGCAUGUAUUAUUAGAGUCCCGACCGAAACAGAUAGUUCCGCAGUAGGAAUUUUUGCCAUUUUUUUCUCUGGCAUUAAAAAUAAUAAAACGAAUUUCAUAACGCUAACACAAAAUUGUUUUAUUUGUAUAAAGGAAUUGUUCGCGCCAUAGAGUAAAAUAAUUGUUUUACAGUUUUGUACUCUAUGUCUAUACUUUGCCUGUGGCGUAUGUACAGCCACCAAUUCUAUGGCAUCGUGCAAUGGUCAAAUAUUAUUAAAAUGCGGAAUUUCAUGUGGCCUGAGACUUGCAAAGUAGAAUUUUAAAAUGUUAAUUAGUAUUCAAUAUACAUUGUUCAUACUUGAAUUUCGGAGUCAAACAUUUUUUUUUCAUUAUUUAUGUCUGGUUUCCCCUUGGGUUAUAUGGAUUUAAAAAAAAGAAAAAAAUAAUUAUAAAUAGGAAAAUUUCUCUCAUAUAAAACGAGGAACAAUUAUUAAUUUUAAUUUAUAAUAAUAUCUUUACGUUAAAUAGCGACGAUCAUAGUUUAUCUUAAAUUUAAGGCCACAUUUUCGUUAAAACUGGUAAAUUUUUUUUUUAAAAUAUCCUACAAGAAGAAGAAAUUUGAACGAGCGUCGUCUAAACUUUAAAAUUCCACUCAUUUUUCUUUUGUCGGGUUUAAUGAUUUACAGUUCUUUUCGAUGCACUUAUAUAAAUCGAUAUACGUAUUACAGAUAACCCUAGUAAAAUCUACUAUCUAGCCACGGCUUGUGGAAUUAUAUCAAUAUUGUAAUAUAUAUGCUACAAUAUAUACAGUAAUAAAUCGUAAUAAUUUGUUAAAAUCAAACGUGGUUCAAAAGUAAUACAUUAAUUAUGUAAUACAAAAAAUACUGAUACUGCAAAUGGGUAUACCUCUAUUUUACAAAAAAAAUUCAAAGGUUGGGUAUAUAGACUAAUUUAAUUUUUAUCUGUGUGUGGUGAUUAUGAGCAGAGUGUUUUAUUAACCGUAUUUUUUCCCAUGUUGUUAAAGUUGUUGUUAAACAGAAAUUAACAAAAAUUAAUAUUUUCCCAACAUUCUAACUUCAAAUCCUCUACCUGUGGUCUAGGUAAAUAUUUCUAAAAGAAAAAUUCUAUACAAUUAUUUAUGGGAACACGAUUUCUGGUAGGAGAUUUGUACACAGACAUAAAAAAAAAACACAUAGUAAAACACUAAAACCAGAUAGGCAUAUGUACAUUAAUCACUUCGCUCAGAAUCCAAUUGUUUGCUGUUCAAUGUUAAUCAGCCACAAAAUUUGGGAUUAAUAUAGUAUUUGCUCAUUUGAUAACAUAAAAUCAUCAAGUAGAGCAAAUUUAUGUUAUGUUACAAGUUCAAAUUUGAAAAAUGUUUUUUUUCCUAUAUCUAUAUUUAAAAAAAUAAUAUUUCUAAUAUGCCUAUUUUAGUGGUUAUAAUGAGGAUUUUAUGCGUUUUAUCUUUAUUUUAACUACUAUAAGUUCCAAAAAUUGAUCAUUAAUAAAUUCUUAAAAUUGACAAAUGAAAAACAAACAUUUCGUGAACCACGUUUGUGAUUUAAUGGUUCGUAAAAACUAAUAAAUCCUUUUUUGACUCUACCAAGGCUAUCUAAUGCUCUACUUUAAAAAUAUGAUUAAUAAUACAUCGACAAUUUUGCUUGCUUUAUGGAUACAUUUUGAAGAUUAAACACAGACUUUUUUAUUAUUUUAUUUCUAGUUAUAUAAAUUAAAAUAAAAACUUAUUACUAAAAAAAAAAAAAAUUCCUCCCAUAUCCUUUCCAUCUAAAUCAAUGUGACUGUUUAUCUACGCUGUCUAUUUAUGAUAUCCUAACCUUAAAAAAUAUAUAUAAAUAUAGAAUAAUUUAACUCAUUACGUGCAGAUAUAUUUACGCACAAUACCAUGAGCUAACACAAACCUAUGGGAAUAAGAAUUUUUAAAUCUUUAUACUAAGUUUCAAAAAACAUUUAUUUUUUUUUUUUUUACCUAAUAAUAUAUUUAUUGAUAAAUGAUGCAUUUUUAUAUGCUAAUAUAACGAUGGUUAUAUAAUAUUUUACUAAAAAAAUAAACCCUACCGAAGAAGCUAUUCGUUUUAUCGACAUUUUAUUAACUAUCAUUGCAUUGUCUACAUUGUCAGUUGAAAUUUAAAUAUUGGGGGGUAGGGUGAAUUAAUCGCCUUCUAUGCACCAUACAUCUCGGGCUCUCAGAAUACUGAUACAUAAUCUUACCCGAACGUUUUGUAAGGUCUUGCGGGUCUCAAGUGCAUGGGAAUCGUACACGCCGAUCUCAAACCGGACAAUAUAAUGUUUUGCGAGGGCGUCGGGAACAAUCAUCUGGUGAAGAUCAUCGAUUUCGGUUGGGCUUUUUACAUCAAGGACGCUCACGCCAUGCACUGUACGAAAAUGCAAGCCGUCCCGUACCGGGCUCCCGAGGUGUGCUUCCGGGGAAACCCUGACCACGGCCUGGACCUAUGGGCAUUGGGCUGUAUAAUGCCGGAAAUCAUCACCGGCGCGAAAUUAUUUGAUGUGAAUACGGAAGAGCUAUUGGUCAAACUCGUGAUCCGCACGUUGUACGUACCCGAAACCUUAAUAUCCGUUAUCCGGGCAAAGAACAAUAUGGGUGAAAUAAAACUUUCCUCCGGUUGGGUACAGUUUCAGGUAACUUGUACUUUAAAUAAAAAAGGUCUCAAUAAUUAUAAUACGAGUCCAUUUCCAAUAAUUGCAAGAAGUGCCUUUCAAAAAAGUAUAAUAAAUAUAGUAAUAACAAAUGCAAUAACCAUUUUUAAGGUGAAUCUCAAAGUGGAUUUUGAACAAAAAAUUUCCAUAGUAUUUAUUAAUAUCCGUUGAAAACAUUAUUUUUAAUAAACUCAUUCAGCUAUUUGCAUAAUAACAACUGCAGAAAUGAUUCAAAAUUAUUAUUAAAUGUUGUAUUUAAAAACUACACUGUCAAAAAUUUUGAACAGCCACCCAAAUAUUUUAUCGGUAACCCAAUUAUGGAACGUGUCGAUUUUCAGGGGGUGGUUACAGUAAAACUUGAUUUUGUAUUUUAAUACAAUUUUUCGUUCAAUAAAUAGUUGGUAAUAGUUGGUCCUUUUGACAAAAGGAUUACUAUAAUUAUCUGGAAAGUAUUUCCCGGAACGCAUAUUGUUGAAAAGCAUUUUUCUAGAUCGUAUUUAUCCAGAAAGUAUAAUUCCAGAAAUCAAAAAAAAAAAAAAAUUAAUCUCUGGAUUUAGGAUAAUUUGUACGUGGCAGUUUUGGCGGGAUAUUUUUUUAUAGGAGAAGUUUUGGGGUAGCUCUUUUGAAAGUGAAAAAAAACUGUUAUUGAAUUUAUAGAUAAAAUAUGUGUUAAUAUAUUAAUUUAAUAACUGAACAUUAUUAUUUAACAAUGUUGUAUUAUUUAUUGAUAGUAUUUUAUCUAAAUGUUAACUUUUUACUUUCCAAAAUUCAUACAUUUGGCCCAUUUAUUUUCUAGAUGAAUAUCGGCCAAUAUGGACAUAAUUAUUAUAAUAAUUAUAACAUAGAGUUAUAAGCAUGAAAAAUUUUUAAAUAAUACUUCUGAAAAUACUAUAAUAUAGGUACCACAAAAUAUGCUUUUAACAUUUUAUGUGGUUGAAAAAAUUUUAUUUUAUUAGAUAACACAUUAUCUAAUAGUGGACAAAAUUAUAUUUCGUCGUCUUCAUUACAUUCUUCACAAUUAACAUUAUUAGUUCUUAACAAAAAUAUUCUCUAAGUACAAUAUAUUAGUCCACAUUAAAAAAAAAAAAAAUUUCGUCAUUGAAUUCAUAUUUAUCUUAUUGCCCUGGAUUAUUAUUUUCACAAGUAAUUUUACAAAAACUUGAAAAUAUAAGAUAAAACAAAAAUAGGUACUAUACAAUUAAAAAUGCGCUUUAAAUAUGAAAAGUGAGGUAAAAACGUCAAAAUAUAUAAAAUACAGUUGGCGUUUUUUUACUAAAAAUGAUCUAAAUCGGGGAUAUUUACAGUCAUAUUAUUUCAAAUAGCUUAGUUUAAUAAAUAUAAUAUGUAUUUACAUAUAAAUCCGUUUUCUAAUUAUAAUUCUGUAGUUCUGAUCAAAAUGGACAAUUUGUCGAUUCCCUAUAGGACACGAGUAUUAGAGCCGCACUUCUAAAAUAGACGUUAAUUAUACGAGACCGGUAAUAACACCAAGUAUCAUAUGUUUUGGUUUUGGGGACUAACUUAAUUGUAUGUUCUCACUUUUGAUGUAGAAAAAGCAUAGCCGUAUUGAUACAUCUAUAUUUCGUGUUCUGUAUUUAAAUGUUAUUAUGUUAUUAUAAUCUAUGCAUUUUGUACAUACUUAUGACGAAAAAAACCAACGUUGUAUUUUAACUGAAAUCCAUUUUAUCUCUGAGCUUAUAAAAAUAAAUAUGAAAGUUAGUUGGCCUCGAUAAAUUAUUUAACUGUUUAUAAAAAAUAUUGAGUGAGAUAUUUAGUUUAUAUUCAUUUACCUAGCUUAAUAAAUAAAUUAAGAAAUUACAUCAAUCACAUAUACUUCUUGAAAUCCAGAUACGUAUACAAAAUCUGAUACUACUUUUGGCACAUAGUAUUAAAAAGGUUGUAAACAAAAUUAUUAUUAUUUUUUUUUUUUUUGAAUCUAAAUAGAACGUUGUUGAUUAUUUAUCUUUAUCUAGAUAGCUAAUACGUUGUUAUAUAUUAUUUACUUUCAUCUAGAUAAUUAUUCAAAAAAUUACAUCAUAUCUUUAUCUAAAUAUUUUAAAAUAUAUCUUUAUACAACACCAUUUAUACCUAGUUAUCUAGUUCUAUGGCUGAAUAAUAUAAUAUUAUAGUAAUAUAUUUUAUAAAAUUAUUAAAAUAUUAAAUGAAAAAACAAGUGAUUUUAAAAAUACAUUUUAAAAGUAACCUUAUGUUGUUCCUCAAAAAUACGAAAUUCUUAAAAUGUUAUAAUAUUUGUAGCAAAGUUUAUAUACAAGUAGCAUAUAAUAAAAGUUGUAUUAACUUUUCAUAGAUGAAAAUAACCUUAAAUAAUGUAUGUAUCUACCUAAAUACGGUUUUUAAAUGAACGCAAAAACUGCGAUGGUGUUUUAAAACAGUCAAGGUAAAAUUAAAUAUUUAAUCAACAUUAAAUUAAAUAUAAUAAUAUGUUUAUUAAAAUUUCGACGAGUAGAGGAAAAAUAAUUAUUAAUAUAACAGGUAUAAAUUGCACUCUGAUGCGGCAAUAUUUAAUUUAAAACUAUAGGUAUUUAUUUUAUUAUUAUAAUAUACAGCGCUUCGUUAUAGAAACAUCGAAAAUACUUUGGCCGACAUUUUAUGCAAUAAUAUAAAUUCAAAACUAUAGUAAGCCAUAUUUUGUUUAUCGAUAAUUUUCUCAGUGUUGGUUUCAUUAAAAACAUAUUAGCUUCAUUGCUUUUACCGUCAAACAUUUUUCAAUUUUUUAAAUAUAUAGUUGAAAUAUUAUUAGGUACUAGAACUGCAAUUUUCAAUAUUUUAUUAUUUUAUUCCGUCAUCUUUCAAAGCGUAACACUAUCGAAUUUUAUUUAGAACAAAAUUAUAAUAUUACACAAAGAAUAUUUCCUUUUUUAGUUUCCGUUUAUAGACGCGUUUGAACUCAUGGCUGGAGAAACAAGCACCAAUAUUUUUCAAGUAUCCUCGGUAAAGAAGUGAGAACUUACGGCACUCUAACCACUUAUAAACUUAAAAAUAGAUUAAUAAGUACCCGAUAAUUGUCUUAUUAAUUCAAUAUUUCUUAUUAGUUAAGCGAAACAUAAUAAAAAAUAUUUUGAAAUUAUUCCAAAAUACAUUGGUAGAUAGUUUUCCUGUAAACACUCAUUUUUUCUUGAAAAUUUUUUUUUUUUUUUGACGAGUGAAAUGCUUCAAAUCGUUCAGUGUUUGCAAAUUAGAGUUAACCUAACCUAACUUUUAUUAUAUUAUAAGGUAAAAUGUUAUAGAAUAUGACUUUUUUGACCAGUGGUAUUUUAUAUAAACAAUGUUUAAUUCAAAUUUAAAAUGUCAUUUGUUUUUUUUUUUUUUUUUUUUUUUUUUUUUUUUUUUUUUUUUUUUUUUUUUUUUUGUUGCUUUCUGUGUAACCCCAGCUAUACGGUGAGAAAUUAACUAAUAACACUAAGAAUUACCUUAUCAGUUACUAAGCUCUGUUCGGAAAUGUUUUUUUUUUAUCCCAAUCGUUUAUCGCUGCUUUCGGUAUGCGAUAUUUGAACUAAUUUAUCCUGUAUUCAAUACCUUCCAAACUUCUUAACUACGACAGUGGUCUUACCUACGGUGUGAAGUAUAUUCGGCUUUUUAAUAGUUAUUGUAUUAGCAUGACUAAUAUAUAAUCAUGCAUGAUUGCUAGUAAAUUUUUCACCGAUUUGGCAGAUAUAAUAAUGACAGUAUAAUUUAUCAAUAUGUAAUCUCAUUAUAAAUAGUUUUUCUUUCAAGUCAGUGCAGUAAUUUAUAAUCUAGAGAUCGCGUUUGUUUAUUAUUUAGUCGUGGGUAUCGGUAAUAUUUUUCAAUUUUCCAUGGGAAAUAUUCGAUUCAGGGUACCUAUUAUUUUUUCACAAACGAACCACGUCCAAUUUCAAAGACAUAUAUUAUUGUUUUAGUAUCACUAAACAAAACUAAGAACAUAUAUGCUAAUUGACCAGGACUGCUUUCAAAGGUAGAUGAAUAUAACAAAUGUAUAACAUUAUUAUUACAUACUGCACAGUAUAUUUACACGAAGAUUAGGUAAAUCUUUUAACUUGAACGUACGGGAUAUAUCAUACAAUAGUUAUCUACACAGCCCACGGCAUUUUGUUAGGUAUAUAUACAUAUAUGUAAAAGAUAAUACGUGAGGGGACGAUAAAAUCUGAAAACGAAUUCGUCGUACAUUUCCGGAAUGGUAGGUAAACUGUUCAAAAACUAGUGCAGUGUUGACCAUUAUCUAACCGACAACAAACAAUUAUUUAAAACGGCUUUGACGGUCGUAAUAAUAUUAUUAUUAUGCAGUAGACAAUGUCCGCUAAUUUUCAUUUUAAUCCACUUUUACUUCAGACAUUUUUUCUUUGGCUUUCCGGUUAAAUAACAUUAUUUAUACAAUUAUUGAUCAUUAUUUAGUUUGACAAACAAUAAUUACUUACCGUUUCUCGUAACAAACGUGUAAAUUGUAUUUUUUUUUUUUUUACAUAUUUUUAAAUAUUUUGAACCAAAAGAUAUCACCUCCUUAUUUCAAUAUCUCCAAUAAGUAAUAUAUACAUUAUUAACAUAUUAUUUGUAGAACGAACAUUGAACUUAAUUUAACGGGCAUCAGAACUUUUAUUUAUAGGUACCUAUUUAAAUAAAUAUAUAUUGUAAUGAUUAAAUCGUUUUUGGACAUCUCCGAGGCCAUUACUGAAUAAUUUUUGAUUUUAUCUACAUUUUUAUGUUUAUAAAAACUUAAAAUUAUAUAUACAGAAUGAUUCGUUUAAGUGACCACGCUCGAUAUUUCACUUUUAACUUUGGGUAUGGGAGAAGUAGUGGAUCAUUGUUAAAACACUGCACGCCGAGCCGUCACAUGAAUGAUGUUCCACUAUUUUCCUCCUAUCCGAACUUAUAAAUGGAAUAUAUUUUCAACUAGUUGACCGAAAUUAAAAAUAUCAACAGCAAUCUAACUAAAACUAAUAAUAUCUAUUUACAACAUUUUUAAUAUCGGUUGUCCUUUGAAAAAUUAAAGUACGUAGUCGUUUUACCCCCAAAAAUAAAGGUAACAAAAUAUAAUGUUAUUGAGAAAUUGUAAAGCUGUCUGUUUCUUAAACUAUCAAAAAAAUACUUGUCGGGAUAUUGAGUAUAAGUACUUAAAUGGAUCACUCUGUAAGUAUAAACUUAAUCGAUCCUUAAUGGUUUGCAUCGAAAUGAGGCACCACAAUUUCAGGAUGAACAAAAGAACACUUUUAAGUGCGGCGUUUUAAAAUAAAUACAGAACAAAACAUAUAUCAGUACAUUUUUGUACAUUAAAAGCUUAAACUCAAAGUAUACAAUUAUAAUGCCUAUAUAAUAAUUUUUAAUUUAGUUAAAAAUGUCAAAUGAAAAUCUCAAAACUUAAUGUAUUCUCACAUUAUUAAAAUGCCUGUAAAAAGAAACUAUGCAUUUAUAUAUAUAUCUUAUAGUUAUAUUUAAAGUGUCUAUAAUAUAAAUUUUAUGGAUGCAUAAUACAAUGAUUAAAAUUAAUUAUCAUUAUUAUAUUGUUUUUAAAGUCAGUUUUUUUUAUGACUUAUUUAUGUAUUUAUUUUACGAAUCGAGACCAUGUUUGACUGCGAAAAACUAUUGGUUUUAGAGAUAUAUUUUUUUUAUGGAAAACACUUGUUUGGUGUUACCAAUAAUCAAAAUUGUUUAUACGGUGCUAUAACAGAUGAGAAAUUUUCGGCCGGUUGGUGGUACUUUGUUUGGAACAUUUAUCGAAAUUUAUAUAUAAUAUAAAGACAAUUGACUAAUAGCUAUUUCUCUACACUCGGUAUUUAAACACUAAAUCGUCGUAAUGGUGCAUAUGUAUGUUUUAAUUGUAUCUGUAACUCAUCAAUAAUAAUAUAAUGAUAUGUUAUUAAAUUGAUAUCAUCUUUUUCUCGUGCAACAUAUCUUAUUGAUAUUAUAACCCUCUUAGUUAGAUGUCUUAUUUCACGAUAAAAUGUAUGGGAGUUCGAAAAAAAAAAAAAAUGUGAUUAUCUUAAUAAAGUGGUGUAACGAUGAUUAUGCACUUUGGUAGGUUUUGUAACUACAUUUUGUUUUUAAUCUCUCAUUUUGGACAAUAAUUCGAAGUUUUUGAUGAUAUUUUUUUUCAAUUUUCUGUUUAAACAAGCAGAAAUUUAAGUCGACCGACAGUGCUGAUCCGCAAAAAAAUGAGGACGUUCGUUGGUUCGUGGAUUUGGUGUACAAAAUGCUGUCAGUAAUACCGAAAAGUCGAAUCACUGCCAUCGACGCGCUCGCCCAUCCGUUCUUGACAAUGGCGCACUUCGUCAAGUACCCGAGCACCGAAAUGACCAAGACGAACGCCAAACUGAUGAAGAAAUGCGUGCUAGACUUCUAG